CAGAUAGCCUCUUCCUCGGCGCUCAUAGCGCAGCCGCGAGCGGGAAAGGAACGCCGAGCCGUUAAAGCUCAGUGCUCGAGCUCCCCAAACCCUCCAACUCAGAUCCGCAAAUUCGACACCAUUUCUCGCCGCAAUUCAGCAACAACAAAAAAUAAAUUGGGUUAUGUUUGAGUUACGUCUGCACGGUCGUUGCUAUGGCGGGUGUCUCUGGAGCUCAGGCUCAACUGGAAGCCGCACUACUGGAAGCUGCUGGCCAAAUCCAGAAAGAACAACUCAUCCUUCAAUAUCUUGGAAAGAUAGAUGGCGGGGAGACCGAAAUAAAAGCCCCUGAGUUUGCUGAAGGUCUGGAAUGGGUGAACACUGAAACUCCUCUCCUCCUACACAAAGACCUUUGUGGUAAAGUAGUGAUAUUGGAUUUCUUCACUUACUGUUGCAUCAACUGCAUGCACUUGCUGCCAGACCUUCAUGCUCUAGAAGAGAAGUACUCUGAUAAAGAUGGCCUGGUAGUUGUAGGUGUUCACUCAGCAAAGUUCCCAAAUGAAAAGGUUCUUAAGAACAUUCAAAAUGCUGUCCUUCGUUAUAAUAUUACCCAUCCAGUUGUGAAUGAUGCUGAUGCAAAACUGUGGCAAGAGCUUGAGGUGACAUGUUGGCCAACACUAGUGAUUCUAGGUCCGCGAGGAAAUAUCCUGUUCACUCUGAUUGGAGAAGGGCACAAGGAAAAACUUUUUACCUUGAUUUCAGUGACUUUGAAGUAUUACAAAGAUAAAGGAGAAAUUAUGGAUCAUGCCAUCAAACUGAAAUUAUACAAAGAUUCUUUGCCACCUUCGUCAUUGCUUUUUCCAGGUAAAAUUGCAGUAGACAAUGCCACAGGCAGAUUAGCAAUUGCUGACUCUGGCCAUCAUAGAAUUCUGGUGACCGAAAAGAAUGGUGAAAUUCUUCAUGCAAUUGGAGGACCAAAGAGUGGAUGGAAAGAUGGAAGCAUUUUCGAAGCCAGUUUUAAUUCCCCUCAAGGAGUAUUGAUAAAGGAUAAUAUCAUCUAUGUGGCAGAUACUGAGAACCAUGCAAUAAGAAAGAUUGACCUUACAUCAGAAAUGGUAAGCACAAUAGCAGGAACAGGAGUUCAGGGAACUGACCACGAAGGUGGUAAGACAGGGGUGGAACAAUCCAUCAGUUCACCAUGGGAUCUAGCCUUUGGCACGUUUGCAGACAGUACCAAAGGUAGUCUUCUGUUUAUUGCAAUGGCAGGAACUCAUCAAAUAUGGGUCAUUUUUCUAGAAGAUGGAAAACUUCAUAGUGGAAUUGAGUAUAAAAAGGGAACAUGCAUUCGUUUUGCUGGGAGUGGGAAUGAGGAAAAUCGAAACAAUUCCUAUCCUCACAAAGCAGGAUUUGCUCAACCAUCGGGUCUAUGUGUAGCUCUUCCAGAAUGGAAUUGCCUUUUCAUUUCUGACAGUGAGAGUAGCACAAUCCGCUCUGUAUCCCUGAAGAAUGGUGCUGUAAAAAACCUUGUGGGAGGAGAAAGGGAUCCUCUGAAUCUCUUUGCUUUUGGAGACUUGGAUGGUAUUGGAAUAAAUGCAAAGUUACAGCACCCUCUUGGAGUGGCUUGGAAUGAAAAGAGGAGUCUGCUGUAUGUAGCAGACUCUUAUAAUCAUAAGAUCAAAGUAAUAGACCCGAAAACAAAACAAUGUACUACACUAGCAGGAACUGGCAAACCAGACACUGUAAUUGGUGCUAAAUUCAACCAAGUUACAUUCAAUGAACCAGGAGGUGUAUGUGUUGGUGAACAUGGGGAUGUGCUAUAUGUAGUGGACACAAACAAUCACAAUGUCAAAGUGCUUGAUUUGGAAAUGCAGACAGUCUCUGUGUUGGCAAUCACUGCUGCAGUUGCUGUGGAUGCUUCCAAAUCUACAAAACCGAUGAAAAUUUCUAGGUUACCAAAAUCUGCGCAUUCAUUGCAAAUGGUUCCAUUAGUUGUGUCUUGUGGUCAGACUGUGCAGUUCUGCCUGAAGAUUGAUCUACCAGAAGGAGCAGAACUCACAGAAGGAGCACCCAGUUACUGGGCACUCUUUGCAGAAGGGCAUGAGUGGCUAUUUGCUGGACAGAAGAUCAGUGGAACAAUUGUUGAUCUUGCAAAUCACCCUGGAGUGUUCUUUGUCAUUCCUGAUCAAGUAAAGACAAAUGCACUUUUGUUAUCUAUAGAUGUGUGCCUCUAUUUUUGUAAAAAGAAUGACAAUAGUUGCCAAAUGAAGGGAAUUUCAUUUCAACAACCAUUACAAUUCUCCAGCAUCUGUCAAGGUACUAUUUCAAAAGUGAAUCUCAGUUUCAGCUUUUAAAAAAUAUUUUAAAGAAUGAUCUCGGAGAUAGUAAAAUCAAACAAAAAUAUAUCUUUUCAUUUUAUACCAUAAAGAUCUCAUUAAACAUUAUUUUAGAUGGUGUAGCCGGUUAAUAAAUUCUUGAUUAUUUAUAGUUUCCAAAGUUUGAAUCCAGCCCAACCUGAUAAUUUGAAAAUCUUGGUGCGACUUUGUACAACCCUAAUCCCCAUUCAUUUUUGACCUGUUAUAGCAAAACUCUUGGCAUUAAUGGCAUUGAAAUUGGAAACUUUGCAUGCGCCAUAAAGAAGGCUGGGUUCAGAAAUGGACGUACUGUAACAUCCCAAACAAAGAGAUUAAUCUCCUGCAGUUAUAGUUGGGAUACAUUUUUUAACAAAUUGAAGAAGCUUUACUCUACAGCUAGCUGUACUACCUAAGCAAGAGAGCUUAAAGUUGGCAACACUGUCUGUAAUUUGAAAUUAUACAAUUCCUCAACACAGGCCCCAUUUGCUUUGCUAAACACAAUGUUCACAAAAAGUUAACUAAGAUUAAAAGAAAAUCCAUACAAGGCAAUUAUACUUCUAAAAUAGAAACAAAUAGAGUUUCCUGCUGAAAGGAUUUUUUAAAAAUAUAAUGAAGUAUACAGGUAAAAUAAGGAAAACACAUUAAACCAGAAUUGAGGCAGUUUUGUCCAAAUUCUCAAGAAAUGAAAGAAUGCUUUGCAAUCCUCAGUUGAGCUUUUAAGUAUAGCCAACAACCAAUAGAAACUGGUUAGAACAAUAAGAAUUCUUGGUGCUGUCUCAUAGUUGUAAUCAGUGCAGUCUUACUUAUAAAAUGCAAACAGCUGUUGCUUAAAAUUGGAGUGAUAUAGUACCAAAUAAAAUCUUGAGUGCGCUGACAUCAUUUUCUUAAAAAGCUUAUAAAUACAAAAAUGUUUUUUUAGGUUUAUUAUUGUUUAAGCUUCAACCAAUGAAUAAAUGAAUUGGAUGAAAAUGAAAGAAAUAUUGUAUGUAUUUAAAUCAGUUUAUGAAUAAUGGCAUACUAAAAAAAACUGUUAACAUUGAUAAAUGAAAGCAGAAAGCACUUUGAAUUCUGAUAAAAUAAAGUGCAUGAUUUGUAAGCCUAAACAAUAUAUAGUUUAGUCUGAUUAUGAUCCGUCAA